AUGGCGCCAACAACAUCAACAACCCCGUCGUCGUCACACGAGAUCGAGUCGUUCGUGAUCAAGACGCCGUGCUCGAGCGCCAACAUUGGGCCCGGGUUCGACGUCAUCGGCCUGGCGCUGUCCAUGUACCUGGAGCUGCACGUCACCAUCGACCGGAGCAAGGCUCAUCAUCAGUGUCAGUACCCGCUCAACUGCCGCAUCACGUACGAGGGCGAAGGGGAGGGCACCGACGAGAUCAGCCUCGACCCGGAGGUCAACCUGCUCACGCGCGUGGCCCUGUACGUGCUGCGCUGCCACGACCAGCGCAGUUUCCCCGCCGAAACGCACGUGCACAUCAAGAACCCGAUACCGCUCGGCCGCGGGUUGGGAUCGAGCGGCGCCGCUGUUGUGGCGGGCGUCAUGCUUGGUAAGGAGUGCGGUGGGUUGCAUCAUCUUACGGGGGAGAGGUUGUUUGAUUUUUGUUUGAUGAUUGAGCGUCACCCGGAUAAUGUCGGCGCGGCCCUCUUCGGCGGGUUCGUCGGCACCUACCUCAAGCCGCUCAAGCCCGAGGACGUGGCCCGCAAGGAAAUCCCCCUGAGCGAGGUCCUCCCCGCGCCGGCAGGCGGUGUCGACACGGGCAUCAAGCCGCCCGAGCCGCCCGUCGGCAUCGGCCACCACAUCAAGUUCCCCUGGGCGCCCGAGAUCAAGGCCGUCGCAAUCAUCCCCGAGUUCGAGGUCCCUACGGCCAAAGCGCGCGAGGUCCUGCCGGCGCAGUAUCCCCGUCCAGACGUGACCUUCAACCUGCAGAGAAUAGCGCUGCUGCCCGUGGCGCUGGGCCAGUCCCCGCCCGACCCGGAGCUCAUCUACCUGGCCAUGCAGGACAAGCUGCACCAGCCGUACCGGCAGACGCUGAUCCCGGGGCUGACCGAGAUUGUCGAGUCCAUGACCCCCACCACGCAACGCGGACUGCUGGGCGUGUGCCUGUCGGGCGCGGGGCCGACCAUCCUCGCGCUCGCGACCAGCAAUUUCGGCGAGAUUGCCGACCGCAUCAUUGCAAAGUUUGCCGAGAACAGGAUUGCGUGCAGCUGGAAGCUGCUGGAGCCGGCUGAGGGCACGACGGUGGUCAGGGUGUAG